UGGUAGCACUAAACAAAGGCUUGUAUUCUUUCCGCAUUAUUUUUUCGCCGAAAUUAUUCAUAUCGAUACAGAACAUACAGAUAACCGAAUGGAUUUUCCAAUUGAAAUAGCAUUGAUUGUGGCCUUAUUGGCAAUAGCUCACAUCGGAAUUUAUCUGUGGGUGAGUAAAAAACCACAGCGUCCAAUCCAAAAUCGACAUGUCGUUGUUACCGGUGGUUCGUCAGGUAUUGGAUUCUGGAUUGCAGUAAAGUGCGCCCAAUUGGGCGCUCACGUAACAAUUGUGGCAAGAAAUGUUGAAAAGUUGGAAUCCGCUUUGAAAAAGAUUCAAGUGCAUAAAGUUAACGAUAAGCAGAUGAUUCAGUGUCGCUCGGUCGAUCUGUCAAGCAAUUACGAGAAUGUCAAAAAUGCAUUGAGCGCAUUGGAAGAGGAAAUUGCGCCGAUUUACUUUUUGGUUAAUUGUGCUGGCGGUGCCAUUUGCGGCCGAGUCGAUGAAUUAUCACCCGACGAUGCUGUUUACUUGAUGAACAUCAACUACUUUUCCGUGUACUAUCCGACCCGAUACAUUCUCACCAAGAUGAAGGAAAAAGGCGAUGGUAUUAUCACAAUUACAGGAUCUCAAGCCUCUUUGAUGGGCGUGUACGGUUUGGGACCAUACGCAGUAGCCAAAUUUGCAUUACGUGGAUUGGCGGAGACAAUUGCCAUGGAAGUAUCAAAUACGAAAAUAUCCAUCACACUGGCUCUGCCAGCUGAUACUGAUACACCUGGGUUCGAGAACGAAAAUCUAACCAAACCAGAAGAAACGAAAACUAUAUCAGGUGGAGCUGGAUUAGCGAAACCUGAAGAUAUGGCAACAGUCAUUUUAAACGAUUCAUUGAUUGGCAAUUUCAUAUCAAUAAGUGGAUUUGAGAGCUGGUUGUUAACAAUUGUUUGCUCUGGAAUGUCUCCAUGGGGUGGACUUUUGUUUACUGUAUUGCAAUCAAUUAUUUUGGGGCCACUUCGAUUUGUUGCAUACGGAAUUCAAUGGCAUUGUCGAAAUGUGGUCAAAACGUGCGCACAAAAGCAAACAUCAAAUACAUCGGCCGCGAAGAAAGAUGAAUAAUCACGGUACAUUGUGCCUAUUUGCUGAACGCAACAAAAACAUAAUAUUAACAGCUUUUUUCCCUUCGUUUUAAAUUAACAUUGUAAGCGAUUUCAUAAUACAUAUUGCACGCUGUGUGUGUGUGUGGCUUUGAACAAACAAUUUUGAUCGUUAUCUUCAAUAAAAAAUGCAAUUGAAAUUUGUUUUUUACGAACA